CCUCCUUUAACCCUUUCCCUCUUCGCAACUUUCCCUCAUCCUUCUCUCCAACCCUCACUUUCUCUUUUUUCGAAGUGAAUUUCUACGCUCCUCUCUCUCUCUCUGGUUUCCUCUCUCUUUCUCUAUACCGUAUACCUCAAUGUCCGGUGUGGCUCGAGCCUCCGCUUGCCCCACGUCGCCGCAUCCUCCUCCUUCUAUGACUGCCGUCUCCGCACCAGCACCGUCGGCUCCUUCGAUUGUUCCGCCGAUACGCCGCCACCUGGCUUUCGCCUCGAUGAAGCCGCCAUUUGUUCAUCCGGAUGAUUAUCAUAGAUUUUCCUCUAAUAAUAGUAACAAUAAUUUAACCACCGGUAACAAUACUCGUGGAAUCAUCGCCGAUCAAGAAGUUGAAGCGAUUGUUGUGAGAUCUCCAAAAUUAAAAAGGAAGAGUACAACUGUGAACAAGGAAGUUGAAUCUAGCCAAUGGACAACCAGUCCAAGAGUUACCAGCACAGCCAAUAGUCCGUUCCAGACACCUGUCUCUGCUAAAGGAGGAAGGAUAAAUAAUAGAUCAAAGGCCUCCAAGGCCAAUAAGUCUGCUCUUCAAACACCUGUGUCAAAUGCUAGCUCUCCAGCUCCUCUUACUCCUGCUGGCAGCUGCCGUUAUGACAGUUCUUUAGGUUUCUUGACAAAAAAGUUCAUCAACCUAAUAAAGCAUGCUGAAGAUGGUAUCCUUGACCUAAAUAAGGCCGCAGAAACACUGGAGGUGCAAAAGAGGAGGAUAUAUGACAUAACGAAUGUUUUGGAAGGCAUUGGUCUUAUUGAAAAGAAGCUGAAAAACAAAAUACGUUGGAAGGGUGUUGACGAUUCAAGGCCAGAAGCGGAUGGUGAUGUCUCUUUAUUACAGGCAGAAAUUGAAAACCUUACCAUGAAAGAGCACACUUUAGAUGAUCAAAUAAGAGAAAUGCAGGAAAGAUUGAGGGAUUUGAGUGAGAAUGAGAACAAUCAGAGGUGGCUUUUUGUAACUGAAGAAGACAUCAAGGGUCUACCUUGUUUUCGGAAUGAAACCCUGAUAGCAAUUAAAGCUCCACAUGGAACAACUCUGGAAGUACCUGAUCCUGAUGAAGCUGUUGACUACCCACAAAGGAGAUACAGGAUGAUCCUUAGAAGCACAAUGGGUUCCAUUGAUGUUUAUCUAGUCAGCCAAUUCGAGAAGUUUGAAGAGGUGAAUGGUGUUGAGCCACCUGCAAGUGUCUCACUUGCUUCAAGCUCUGGCUCUAAUGAAAACCAAGUUGAGUUGGUCAAUGUUGAGAGAACCAGAAAGGAAAUUGAACCGCAGGCAGUACAAACUCAUCAAAUGGACUGUGAUGUUAAUGCUUCACAGGAGUCUGUUGGAGGAAUGAUGAGAAUUGUUCCUUCGGAUAUUGACAAUGAUGCAGAUUAUUGGCUUCUAUCAGAUGCUGACGUUAGCAUUACAGAUAUGUGGAAGACAGACUGUGUCGAAUGGAGUGGGGUAGAUAUGCUGGAUGCUAACUUUGGAAUGGCUGAUAUCAGUACCCCAAGGCCACAAUCCCCUCCAUCCAGGAUGGUUGAAGUGCCAUCUCAUGCUUUUCACUCUACUCAUAGGUAAAAUUAGUUUUCUGACCAAGUACUGAAAACAAUAUCCUAUCUUAAAUUUACAUGGAUCACUGGAUAAAAAUGUGGUUGGUAACUUGGGGCGAAGGAGAAUGCAAUUUAGCGUGGUUGAGCAAAUUAUGGGUUAGUUGCACAAAUACAAGUGUUGUACACUGGAUGUCCGGGCUAGAUGAGUGUUGAAGAUGGAAUAAAAGCAAUGGACAAUACCGGGACAAUGAUACAGUUGAUACUGUCCAUCAAAGCUGAUUAUAUGUGCAUUAAUGCCCCUUUGUUGAUCUGAGCUGCUUAGUUAAUCAGUUUGAAAUAUUGAAGCAGCCAUACCAAGUGUAGAUGUGUAGAAUUGCUGCAUUUCGAUGACAAUCAUUGAUGAUGAGGUUUCAUUUUACCUGUAGAAAGUGACUUCUAAAAAAUAUUUUAUUCUGAUAAUAUUGGUAAAAAACUUUUUAUUUUGAAUAUUAUUGAACAUAAACAUUUAAGGUUGAGUUAAAUAGCAAUUUCGAAUUGAGUUGUGCUU